UACUUAAUCGGCUGAAAAGUUGGGACUGGAGUGAAAAGAUAUGGGAUAUACUGAACGUGAAAUGAUGUGGAACAGAUUACCGACAUGGCAGGUGUUUUUGUGGUGGCAUCAUUUCUUUCUUUUGUGGACUACAAUAGACGGACAGACUCGCUACAGCAUACCAGAAGAACUGAAACAGGGCUCUGUGGUAGGAAAUAUAGCCAAAGAUUUGGGUUUGGUUGUGUCUGAACUGCAUAGGCGUAAAUUGCGGUUAACCUCGGAAGCUGGUAAGCAAUAUUUUAGUGUGGACUUGGGGAAGGGAGAACUGGUGGUCACCGAUAGAAUAGAUAGGGAGGAAAUGUGUGGGCAAAAACCAUCGUGUUUAUUGCCUCUGGAACUAGUUAUUGAUAACCCUCUACAGCUGCACAGAGUCGAAAUUGAAAUACAGGACACCAAUGAUAAUGCUCCUAGUUUUCUUACAAAAGAAAAGGUGGUAAAAAUUGCAGAGCUGGUAAAUCCAGGUGCGCGAUUUCCUUUAGAAAGUGCGCAGGAUCCCGAUGUCGGCGUUAAUUCUGUGCGUUCUUACAUGCUAACCAAAAACGACCAUUUCAAACUGACUGUUAAAACUCACAAGGACGGAAGGAAGAUCCCUGAAUUAGUGCUUGAAAAACCUCUUGAUCGAGAAAAGAUGCCUGUACAUAAUCUCAUCCUCACCGCUGUAGAUGGUGGAGAUCCGGUGCGUUCAGGGACAUCUGAAAUUACAGUUAUAGUACUUGACAUCAAUGACAAUGCUCCCCAGUUUGAAAAACAAGUGUAUGAGACUAAUGUUAGUGAGAAAGCAACACCCGGGACUGAAAUACUGCACGUUAAGGCCACGGAUGCAGACGAAGGAGUAAAUGGAGAAAUCGAAUAUAUUUUUGCAGAGCAAACAUCGGAUUUGGUUUUAUCGUUAUUUGCCAUUGAAUCUUCUACUGGCACUAUAGUUGUCAGAGGAAAUUUAGACCAUGAAACAAACUCUUUACAUAGAUUUGAUAUUACUGCCAAAGACAAAGGAAAUCCUCAAAUGGAUGGGCACUGUGGGAUCGAAAUUAAAAUACUUGACAUUAACGACAAUAAUCCUGAAAUCAUUGUUACAUCUUUAACAUCUCCUGUUCCAGAAGACUCUGCAGUCGGGACAGUUAUUGCAUUAAUAAGUGCAAAAGACCCAGAUUCUGGUGACAAUGGCAAAGUUAUGCUGACCUUAUCCCCCAAAUCCCCCUUUAAGUUAAACCCUUCCGUUUCUAACCAUUAUUCAUUAGUGACAAAUGGGCGACUUGACCGUGAAAAAAACGCCCAAUAUAGAGUUAAAAUAAGUGCUUCUGACUCAGGAAACCCCGCAUUAACAAGUGAAAAAAUAAUACUCGUUGAAUUGUCAGAUGUAAAUGACAACCCACCAGUUUUCUCCAAGCCCUCUUAUCUCAUUUAUGUAAAAGAAAACCAUCCUCCUGGGAAAAUUUUGUGCUCUGUGUCCGCAACUGAUCCUGAUGCCGGUGAAAACGCAAAGAUCUCUUACUCCAUAUUGGAUUCUAAAGUGCAGGACGUUUCUGUCUCGUCGUAUGUUUACAUUAACUCAGAUAACGGCAGCAUCUACAGCAUGCACUCGUUUGACUAUGAGAAACUGAAGGUGUUUCAGAUUCAGGUUCAGGCAAAGGAUCAGGGCUCUCCGUCUCUCAGCAGCAACGCCACUGUCCAUGUUUUUAUCCUGGACCAGAACGACAAUGCCCCCGCUGUUAUUUACCCCUCCUCCGCUGCAAUGGGCUCCCUCUCUCAUCAGAGGAUGCCCCGCUCCGCGAAAGCGGGUCACCUGGUUACCAAGGUGACGGCCGUGGACGCUGACUCGGGCCAUAACGCCUGGAUCUCCUACAGACUGGCGGAGGCCACAGACGCCUCUCUCUUUACUGUCAAUCUGUACACAGGGGAGGUGAGGACUAAACGCGCUGUGUCCGAGCAGGACGACUCCUCUCAGAGGCUUCUUAUAGAGAUCAAGGACGACGGGGAACCGAUCCAGUCCUCCACAGUCACGGUGUCCAUCAUUCUGGAGGACGGCCUCCAUGAGCCCAUCUUAGACCUCCGACAUAAAGUGGCCGAGCCCAGCAAGAAAACUGGAAGAAUCACCCUUUAUUUGAUUCUCUCUCUGGCCUCGGUGUCCGUGCUGUCUCUGGUCACUCUCCUCAUCUUAGCGGUUAAAUGCAUCAGGAACAGCAGGAGCAGCAGCACGUGCUGCAUGAGACGGACCGACUCUGAUGAUUACAAGAACCCCAACAGAAAUUUGCAGAUUCAGCUCAACACUGAUGGACCUAUAAAGUACGUGGAGGUCCUGGGAGGAGACAUGCUGUCUCAGAGUCAGUCCUUCAGGUCCUGUAUGUCCCCGAUGUCAGAGUACAGCGAUUUCACUCUGAUUAAACCCAGCAGCACCACAGACUUUAAGGAGGUGAUCAGUGUCCUGGAUGCUUCUUUACCCGACAGCACCUGGACCUUUGAGAGCCAGCAGGUGAGCAUAGAAUACUAA